AUGGAGGUUUGGGAUCGCGCUCUUACUAAACGUGUAGACCCAAUUCGAUAUGAUGCAGAGACGGGACUAAAGAUUUAUAGAGAAGACCAACUGAAUUUGGGAAAGGGAGGAAAUACGCCUCUUUGUCCUUUCGAUUGUGAUUGUUGCUUCUAA